AUGUCUCUAACCUUAGACCGACCCAUGCGAGAUAGGAAGCCACCCGCACACCUUAACGGGACCGAUUUCGUAGUUACCACGGUCCGCACUCGAGCGCUGGACAGCAAAUGGGUGGAAGAGAGUGAGCGCACGCGUGUGCUCGUUUGUAGUGAUUCGCCCAAAAGCGGGGACACUAAGCACGGCGGUCCACGCAGCACUGAGUGCGGCCCUGAGGCAUGGCUGAAGUACAACGAGGUGCUGUUUACAGUGCAACACUCAUCAUGCUCUGAAGAGCCCGACGAAGACGACGAGGGCACGGAGUCCUCAUCCUGUGACAGCGAGGAUCAGUUUGGCGACGCGGACUGGGUCGCAAGCGAGACCGAGUCCGAAGGGGAGACUGAUAACACGCCUCCUCCCUCUCACCAAUCUGAACUCGCAGGAACGGGAGGUUGCGGCCAAUCUGCAUCAGGCCGUGCGGGUAAGCGCUUGCGGGCCACCGGGAGCGGGUCCAAUCGCUCACGCUGUGACGCCAACACGUCUGUGCUUCGACGGGUCGUGGCUGUGUCUACACGGGCGUCCGGCAUGAGGCGCAACUUUUUUAACAUCUACGAGGAGACGAGCGACGUUGACAUUCCGUCGGCUACAGGCCAGAGCGCGAAUGUUGCACGAGGCGAACCGUCAACGUCAGAGACCCGAGUACACGAUAAGAAAUUGCAGCCGUCACUCACCACGGCGGCAGCGGGUCAUGGUGGGUACCGGGCCACAUCGACCCCCACACCUACCACCCCUCUGAAUCGGUCGCAGGAUGUCGUCAGGGGAUCGGCGUUUUCAGGUAACUCCGCGAGGCCGUCGCCGCUCACACCGACCACAACACUUAAGCACAGUGGUGUGGAAGCCGAGUCUAACGCGGCACCAUCUCGUGGCGGGGGGGUGGUGAACCGGACCUUGUUCGCUUCGCCGCCCAGGAUGCAUCCUUCUAAAACUGCCGGCUCGCCUUCUAACAUUACCCCUGCCACGCCCUUGGUAGCACCUUCACCGCAGGUGCACGACCGUGGGCCGGACGGAGCUGGUGUGUUGCCUGGCAUGAUUCCCACGCCCUUCCUGGACACAUGCGAGGACACUCACGCCAGUGUCCGUGGAGCGGACACCGUUCUUGGCGGCGAUGGGUGUCGAGACAACGUCGCAGGGCGUGCGAUGGAGCAAAUACGGCUGCUGUGGGCGCAGGUUCAGGCGACUCGUGGGACAAAGAGUCUGACGGCUGCGGCACAAGGGGGCGUGAUGAACUUCACCCUUGGCGAAGACCUGCAUGCCGCUCUGGCGGGAAUGGACGGCGAAGCGGCGGAAGAGUCGGGCAAAGGUGGCGGAGUUGUAACGCCAGCCGUGGCAGCCCAGCCGCAGGUGUGGAGGCCUGGCGGCAGGACUGGAGAUGCACCCCAACAUAGUGGGGUUCGGAGGGAAGCGUCCGUGGCGACGCAAGCACCAACACGACCCCCCGGAAGAGCUGCCAAAGAGUUAGCGCCUGUUGCAGAGGCAUUUGAGCGGCCAAACCGCAGAUUCGCAAUGAACCGACUGUCUGGAGCUGGGAGGCUGGCGGUCGUGGGGAACCACGUGGCAACCCGGGUGGGCGGUGUUGGCGUGGGGACAGAGACGGGGAGGGCCGCGGGGAGCGUAGCGCCUGAUGGUGUUGUGUGGGAUCGACACGCGUCAGGCAUGCAAGGAAGAGGGUUGAAGCGAGAGCGGUCGAAGAUGACGAUCGUGGUCGACUACAACCCAAACGAUGACAGGCCUGAGUUGCAGCCGGGAAUGCCUUCGGCAGACCAGAUACACUUUUACGCCAAGAAGGCGAUGCAUCUGCUGUUGCGUUCAUGCGCCGCGCAUGGCGUAACGUACUGGCCGACGGACGACGAGAGGAACGUGGCCCUUCUCGUGGUGCUCCGGUGCCACUACGACGUCUGUCAGCUAGACGUUGACCGCGCCAUGAACAACGGGGCGUACAGCAAGGUGGUCAACAAGAUCUGGUCAAAGUUCAGGAGUGACUCGUCGUCGAACGGACGCCGCAGGAUCGUGGAUGGGCUGGAGAUCAAGGUCGCAGCCCCCAGCAUCUACAAGCUGGAGAUCGCUAUCGACACCAAGAAGGAUCUGCAGCGGAAAUACGCGCCCAGUGAGUGUCGUGGGUGCAUGGAGGGGAUCCCCAUGGAGGGCUCACAGGGCAGGGCCUAUGUGCUGAAAGUGAUCACCCAUUGGCUGGGUGUGUCAAAGGGCAGGUGGUACGAUCCAGUUGUGGGCGGAUUCAGGUGGGGGGCAGAGCACCUGUAUGUAAACGCGAGUGACCUGGAGGAGUUCAAGCCCGUGCAAUAUGGGGGAAAGAUGGACCCGGGUGGUGACACCGACGAGCCGUGGCUCACCUGA